AUGAAAGAAAAAAAUCCCAAGAAAGAGGAUGAGAAGUGUGUGAGGAAGUUCCUCAGUGAAACUCAAAAGGAGAAGGAGUACAAGACAGUUCAACAGUUUGAUGGUUACUGUUUUCUGUUUAUAUCCUCAGGGUCUGUAGCAGCAAGAAGAGAUGCAGACUCGAUGGUGGUGAAUGGGAUUCUUGGGGAGUCAGUUACUUUCCCCUUAAAUAUGCAAGAACCACAGAAAAUUGAUAACAUUGCCUGGACAUCUCAAUCAUCUGUUGCUUUUGUAAAACCAGAAGUCAACAGAACUGAAGUUACUAUAACCCAGGUCAUUUAUAAAGGACGAAUAGAAGUCACAGGUCAGAACUAUGACCUGCAGCCAUGUACAGACACUCCAAGCUUCCAUCCUCACCAUGCUGUGUUGCCAUGGGGACUGGCCGUGCUCUUUCUGCUUAUUCUCAUUCUGGUGUUGGCACUUCUGUACCAUUUGUGCAAGCGAAGGCGAGACAGGAUGGUUCUGGAAGCAGAUGAUGUCUCAAAGAAAACAGUAUAUACUGUAGUUUCAAGAAAUGCUCAUCCCACAGAGUCCAGAAACCAUGAUGAAAUCCCUCAGUCCAAGAUGCUGUCCAAUAAGGAAGAACCUGUGACCACCAUUUAUCCCUCAGUGCAGCUUUCUGAGAAGAUGGGGAAAGCCAACAUGAUGGAUGAAAGACCACCCAAGACUUUGGGUAAUGAAACUCUUGUCUAGACUAGAGUGCCAGAGAUCUCGAGAAGCCUCACAGGAUUUCCUUUCCGGCCAAGCUUUCUUUCCCUGUUUUACUUCAGUCAGCCUCAGCAGGA